CCUUCUUUGCACUGGAGAAGAAGGAACGCAAGAAGAGCUUUUAUCUAGUUUUCAAUAUGGCGUUUGCUGAUGUGUUGUUAGGAGCUGUGUCUCUGCCUUUGUUCACUUACUUAUCGAUCGGUCCUGAUUAUCAGCUUUGGCGAUCAAAUGCACAUCGAGAUGUCUUUAAGAGCUUCUGGAGCGUCAGUGAUACAAUUCUGAUGCAUUCCUCGUUAAUUUUCGCCGUCUGCAUAUCCUGUGAAAGAUUUUACGCUAUAUUUUGGCCACUGAAGCAUCGGGCAUUGUCGCGGCAGACAUACCGUAUUGUUGCCAUUAUGGUCUGGGCUUCCGCCAUUCUUGUUUCUUGCGCUAUGUUCGCAAUGAUACAGUUUGCCCAGCUUUCACUACAAAAUGCGUAUCCUCUUGCCAUAACAUUCGAAUUGAUUUGUCUGUUUAUCGUGUGUGCCUGUAACAUUGGUAUUUUUCAAAAGUUUAAGCAAGGAAAUAUCGCUUCACAACGGCAGAACAGUCAGAACAGAGUCAACUUAAACAAGCGCUUGACAAAAACCUUGCUCCUUGUUUCAGUCCUUGCUGUGUUGACCUACUUACCUUUAAUCAUUGUCAACUUUUUGAUCUUUGUUCUUGAAGUCUCUAUACCUCGAAAAUAUUUCUAUUAUAAAAUUAUAGUGUUUCUCAAUUAUUCUAACUCAUUUGUCAACCCUCUGGUGUACGCAUUGAGGAUCCCCGCGUUUAAACAAUGGCUGAGAUCAAUUUGUUGUUCAAGUCGUCAGGCCUUGGCUUACAACAAUGGAGGACAAGGGCACGGGAAUAACAGGGGUGCCAUUUUGAUGCUGGCGAUCGAUUCAGCUAAAAACGUUCCAACCCAAGCCAUCUGAAGCAGGAGACCGAACAGAAUAACUUUCGUGAAACUGAAUUAGUCUGUGUAAGUCAGUAUCUCUUAUCUCUGAUCAAACUACGAAGGAUAAUAGGCAUUGCCCUUUUUGUGGAUGCAAGUCUAACAGUAGACGAAGUUCACUUUCUUUUUCGCUGUCCUACAUACUCUAUGAUUAGGAAUAAGUUUUACAAUAAAAUCAAGACACUGAUUCCAAAUAUUACCCAGUUACCUGUAAACAUUUUGAUCAAUGUGCUGAUGGAUUCCUCUAAUUACUUCAUCAAUAUGCAAUUCAUAAAAUAUAUUUCAGCUUGCUUUGAUGUUCGUGACAAAUUAUUAGCAAAGUAACGUAAUGACGUACUUUAACUUGUAAUUGAACACUACUCUCAGGCAGAGAUAGAUCAGCUUUUUAUAUCUAUUGUUUUACCUAAUUUUAGCUUUGCGCUUUCAGUCUAUAGGACAUCGGAGUCCGAUCUCACGGUUAUACAAAAUUUUUGAGACCGAUGCCAUAAACGCCGUUUUAUUUCAUUUCCAGUUUUUAUCAAGAACCUUUUAAAUAAACAAGACCGAAACAUUUUAAAGAAAUUAAUAUCAACGGAUUGCCACCCACUGAAAGAUAUCAUUCCUGUCCAGAAGACUUAUGUACAUAAUCUUAGGAAAAAAGGCUGCGCACGCCCGAAAAUUAAUACAGAGCGUUUUAUGGACACCUUUGUAAAUAGGUUGAUUUCUAAGCUCCAUUUAUUGUAAUGACAUACGUUUUUGAUAUAUAUAUGUAUAUAUAUGUAGAUAUUUUUAUCAUCGUUUUCAUCUUCCGUCUUAUUGUAACAUAAGAUAUGUAGUUUUAUCUUUUGAUGAAAUGAAGACUCAUUAUUAUGUACGGUCAUGCAAAUAAUUAAAAGCUCCUUGUUGUUGUUGUUGCUUAUAGAAACUGGAGAGUCGUGCAGUUUACUAAUCUGUUCAAUGAAUGAUAUUCUAACAUGACGUUUCUUUUCCGGUGGUUCGCUUGGGUUUCUCAGGGUCAAUGCCUCCAAAUUUGAGCAUUAUCUACGUCGCUAUUAACAACAAUUUGGAAAAAUGAUCUUCGCCCUAUGUAGCGUAAUCCAAGACAGUCUUGGAUUCUGAAUUCCACGCUGGGCAACUGAAAACAACACCCGUAAUAAGGUUAAUCCGAAGGGCGCAUCAAAAAUCUGACACAGGAGUUAUAGCGAACAAGAAGAUUCGCCCCUGUGACGAGAAUGGGAUUUGAAUAAAGAAUUAAAAGAUUUCCGGUUACCAGAGAGAAAUGCCCAGCUAACACAUAUGUUGCACGUCUCGCUGCGGUUUUGUUAACCUCCUCGCUUUCAAAGCCCAAUGCUUUCUCUUAAUGCAAAUACUGUGCAUUGAAAACUAAAGGGAAAGUCCUUUCACUUUUGAAGUGAGACAACAAUGAUAAGGAUUUAUUGUAUCCUCAACUCUAUGCUGCUCUGCUUGAAUUUUAAUGUCAUUAUGAAAUAUACAUGUAGUUGUGAUUACAUGGAGAAAAUCAUUGAACAUAUGGUUGACUACCGGAGCGUGACCUUACUUUUUUUACCCGUUUUGCUAUUAAAUGCAUGUUCUAGUCAUAAGAAGGCACCGGCCCCAUGUCAUCAUAGACACACAAAUGACCGUCAAACAUGAAUUCAAGAUUUUAACAUCAGCUCCUUGGCGAUUUGUCGUUCACUCUAUUCAAUUUUCCGCGCCAUGUUUAUUAAAAUUACGCAAGUUUUCUUUAUUGCUACCGGUCUUUGAGGGCGUGAUUCCGUUGGGUACUAUGCCCGCAGUUACUAUAGGGAGGGAAAGGUAUUCAAAUUCAAAAUAUACAUACCAUGUAAAACAAAACUCUAGCCUAGCCGACCCUGUUAUGUGUUGUUAUGGACAAGAAGCCAAAUAUUGCUGUUGUAAAGUAAAAAGUUUGAGAAAUCCCCUCCGGAAUGAAACGUGGUUGACGUUUGGUGUACCGAGAGGUAAUCAUUUAACUUCAUAACUACUGUUUCUGUGAUGUAAAGCGUUGUAAGGUAGGUCGUUUUGUAGUUUGUCCUUAAACGGAAUUCCCUACUGGUAAAUAAUUUUCCUCUUAGAAGUUCAAAUUUUAUGCAGUAACCUUUGCAAAGGGUCUACAAAUUCAAACAUUUCCACAUUUUUUUCUUUGCUUAUAUAACUUGCAUUUGUAACUGAAAACAUGAAACUAAAAACAAUCAGCUUCAAAUUGUCAAGUAAUCUCUUUUUUAACUUAACUUACCCUUCACUCUGAAAAAUCAUGAAAUUUCGGUGAAUAUCGGCCUUAUCACUUUUGCACAAAGCUGUUCCUGCUCUUUUUUGUUUUUUAUCUUUCAAAUACAACCUUAAUAAAGACUAAGCAUAUGGUAUUUAUAUUGCUUUUUGGUCUUUCCAUUGUUUUGUAAAGGUUGUUAUUUUCAAUAAAUGGAAGAGUAGCUCACAUAACUUAGAGACGUAUUGAGAAAUUGGGGUCGAAACAAUGGACAUUAAGUUCGCUGAAAUUUACGUUGACAAAAAAAUAACGCGACUAAAGUUAACGCGAAUUCUGGAAGUUCACAUUAAUUUCAUGAAGCAUUAAUUUCCUAUAACAAGUUACCCUGGAUUUUCUUUACAAAGUUCAACCUACAGGUACAACUGUCAGCAAGGGAGACAACGCCCUUAAUCUGUGUCUUUUUCCGCCUUCCUGAAACAUCGAUGUCAUAUUCUUUACAGAUGUCUUUAAGUGUUGCCAUUCGCCACACAGACAACUCAUCUUUUGGCAUGUUGCAUAAUUGAAGCGACUUCAUGCAUAAUAGGGUGCUUGCACCUAUUUAAAUCUUGCUCUAAGGAAAGCAUGAUAUUUUCUCUAACUUCUCGUAGAGCGUAUUUGUUUUCUGCGGCUUCAUAAUCAGAUUAGCGAAGCAAUUCAGAAACUAUAUAGUCUCUGACUUGAGCAUAUAUUAUUCUUUGUUUUCAGCAAACGACAAUUCUUCACAUAUAUUGUCUAAACUACCUUGCUUAAUGUGACUAAAUUGAAUUUCAAAUUUCUAUGCUUGUAAACCCCACUCUCUGUUAAGGAGGAAACAAAUAUAGAUUUCCGACAUUUAUACCCUACCCACUUCUCUUAUGACCGAUCCACGGAAAGGCGCAAGAGAAGAAAAGAAUAAAGAAUAAUAAUUGAGUUUGGAGGUCUAAUAACCUGUUCAAAACAAUAGAAAGGUGCACUGAAGCAAACUGAAGAUAAUGGAGAAGAAGCGGAAGUUUGGUCCUUUCCAGUGGAGGGUUUAAGUAUUGCUCCACCACUUUUCUCGUUCAAGAGGCGACUUAAAAAAUUACGCAAUGCUCUUUCUGUUAUAACCGUGAUCAUUGAAAAAUUCAAAUUCAAAUUCAGUCUACUUCGCUUGGAUAUAUUUUUCGCGCAUCUACUUGAAUACAGUCCUGGGGAGGGUGACUGAGGGUUGAAUCCAUUUAAUAUUACAAUGAAAAAAAAACAUUUUCAUAGCAAGAGAAAUAAAGACAUGGCAAUUGCAUGCGAUGGAUAACAAUUUCACUUCAUCACCAAGAAGAAACCAAUAAAGCCAAAAACAAUGCUGGCCAUUGAUUUGGAGGCCGUGAGUACUUAAGAUUACUGAUAACAGAUUUAAAUACCUUUUGAAUUUCCUUCAUUAGUAUGACUGAACUUCGAGGCCUACGCGCUUGGUCGAAACUUUUAAGAGGUUCCAGGAGGGAAGGAAUUAUCCGAUUUAAUGCGUCUUUCCAUUGUUUUAGAUCCAGCCAUUAUUACGUGUCCAGUAAAGCGGAAAAACAGAUAAUUAUUUUUAGUAAUAAUCUCCUGUUCCACUUUAGCGAGCUACUCUUCCAUUUAUUGAAAAUAAUAAGCUGUUCAAAACAAUGGAAAGACCAAAAAGCAAUAUAAAAACCAUAUGUUUAAUCUUAGUUUAUUAGGUUGCAUUUGAAAGAUACCUAACAAUUAAUAGCAGGAACAGCUCUGUGCAAUAGUGAUGAGGCCGAUAUUACCAGAAAUUUCGUAAAUUUUUCAGAGUGAAGGGUAAGUUAAGUUAAAAAGGAGAUUACUUAACAAUUUGAAGCUGAUUGUUUUUAGUUUCAUGCAUGAUUUUCAGUAGCCUUCGGGUUGCAUUUCGUAAUCUUUGAUUUUAUAUGAGUUACAAUACAAGUUAUAUAAGCAAUUUGAAGACCCUUUAUCAUGAAGGUUACUGUAUGAAAUUUGAACUUCUAAAAGGCAAUUUAUUUACCAGUAGGGAAUUCCGUUUAAGGACAAACGUAGUAUGGCCCAACUGCGAAUCGACCUACGUUGCAACGUUUUACAUAUUCACAGAAACGAUAGUUACGAUUACCUCUCAGUACACCAAACGUCAGCCACGUUUCAGACUGGCGGGGGUUUCUCAACCUUUUUACUUUAAAGUUAUAGCAAUAUUUGGCUUCUUGACCAUAACAACACAUACAUGUAACAGGGUCGGCCAGGCUAGAGUUUUGUUUUACAUGGUAUAUAUAUAGCUCAAUUUAGCAAUACUUUAUUUCGAACACCCAGAUUUUCAGUAUUGCUGUUUGCGCUGUUGAUUUUGAUUUUGAAUAUAUUUCAUGUGUCAUACGUCAGUGCGGGCAUAAUAUCCACUGAACGGAAUCAUGCCCUCAAAGUCUUGCCGCUAUUAAGAAAGCUUGCGUACUUUUAAUAAACAUGGCGCGGAAAAUUGAAUAGAGUGAACGACAAAUCGCCGACGAGCUCAGUGUGUUAAAAUCUUGAAUUCAUGUUUUACAGUCAUUUUUGUCUAUGAUGACAUGGGGCCGGUGCCGUCUUAUGACUACAACCUUUGAUAGCCGAAUGGUAAAAAAUUAAGAUGACGCUCUGUAGUCAACCAUCUGUUCAGUGAUUUUCUCCAUAUAAUCACAACUAAAUUUAAUAAUGAUAUCAAAAUUAAAGCAGAGUAGCACAGAGUUGUCGAAAAUACAAUAAAUACUAUUGCUGCCUCACUUCAAAGGUGAGAGGACGUUCUUUUUAGUUUUUAAUGCACUGUCAUGGUUUGCCGUAAGAGCAUGGAUUGGGCUUUGAAAGCGAGGAAAUUAACACAACCGCAGCGAGACGUGCAACAUAUGUUUUAGCUGAGUAUUUCUCUCUAGUCUCUCUCGCAACCAGAAAUCUUUUAAUUCUUCUUUAUUCGAAUCUCAUUCUCGCCAAAGGGGCGAGUCUUCUUGUUCGUCAUUACUCUUGUAUCAGAUUGUUGAUGCGCCCUUCGGAUUAACCUUAUUACGGAUUUUGUCUAAUUUUCAGUUGCCCAAUUAUUUUUUGAACAUUAUUCAAGCUUCAUGCUUCAAGUAUUUGCAUGUUUACUUAGAUUAUUGACCCAUUAAAAACAAGAAAGAUAAUUUCCGGUAAACUAUGGUAAAAUCAUUUUUGAGGGGCUUUUGAAAGUUGACAGGUUUUCCUCCAUUUUUUCCUCUAGUCGUAUGAGCUACGUUAAAAAUAAUCACAUGAAAAAGCACCAAAAAAACUCACACAAUUGCAUUGCUUGUGUAACUGUCUCAGUCAGGCGAAAUUGUUUUUAUUGUCAAUUAAAGAUUUGAGACAAAGAGACGAUGUCAAUGACCUCGCGUUAUUAGGUUUGAAAUACACAAGCUACAAAAAUUCUUCCGGUUGCAUGUGAAAGUUUUUAAGAAUAACGAGCUGUCGCAUUUGUUCUUAAUUAAAAAAAGGCGUUAAACAAAGUCUUUCUUUGCAGUGGGUUAAAGCUUAUUAGUUUAAACUUUGUUUUAAGUAGAUUAAAAGUAUACAAACAGGCGCUUCUCUUUUUAAGGCUUGGCUUAAUCUAUAUAUUAUUAAAAAUCCGAUGUACUUUUAAAUAGACUUAAAAGUCUAUUUUCCCCACAUUUGUGGUCUGUGAACAACGAACUAAUACUGUGCGGUCAUUGAACUACGGGUUUGGUUAUUGAAUUGUUGUUUGUUUAGUAAACGUACUUUUGUGAAGUUAUUGACGUAUAUUUGUUGGCAAACAUUCUGAAAUAACACCACCUCGAAUUGUCCAUUUCUUGAUUAUCCUUUCGCAACAUGGUACAGCCCCGUCUUGAUGGGUCUCUGUGGAUGUGACAUUCCACUACCAAGAUAUUCUUUUUCCCUGACCAUGGGUUCCUUCUUGUCACUUGCAUCGAGUCUUUCUGUGUCUUCCUAUGCCUGGCCAGCUGUAGCAUGACAACCUGGGGUGACAGGCCACUUACACCCAUCCUGCCGGGGAAGGGGCUGCCUUUAGGACUGGCAGUCCCAUUCACGCCGUUCUCUAAGUUGUAUUUGUCUAUGAUUCAUCUUCAGAUACUAUACUAUACUAUACUUUAUUUUCAUACAUAUCAAUUUGCCAUGCAUCUCCGCCCGCAAAUAGCAAAAGCUAGACGAGGCGGGCGGAGAGGAAAGGUUACAACAGUCAUAACAGACGAUAUUGUAAAGUGACUAAAUAAACUACGUUGAUAAAUAAGAAAAACAAGCUAACGUUACAAAAUAUAUAGUCUUACAGAAUGAUAUUACAAGACAAGUUUACUACUAAUAGAACCUUUCAAUUAUUAGUGCAUUGAGGAUGUAGAAUUUGCCAUUUUUUCUAGGGGAAGAAGAAGAAGAGCUAAUAUUUUAUCCAUUGACAAAUUGCAAAUUUGGAGUUUUUUCUCCUAGGUGGGUUUCCAGGCAAUAUAAAGGCUCUUGCCUGCACCGUACCGCAACCCUGACAGGGGUAGCUGAGGGGCUGCUGGCACUAGCAACCAGAGACUCUUGUGGGCCCGGUAGUCCACUUCCUCUUGAUAGGCUGAACUCCAACCUACUCCAUAUUCUACUUUAAUUAAUGUUAUUAUUACGAUUAUUAUAAUGAUGAUUAUCAUUUUUUGUCAUCGUUAUCAUUUAUCAUCACAAUUUUAUCUUUUUUUCGUUUUUGCAGCCCAGCAAUCUAUAGUUUAUUCUAUCCUUCAUAUAAUAUGGCGAACAGCUCUCAAACUAGAUCAAGUUCCCAUGACCCCCUAGGGCGUUCUCGCAGUGAAAUUGGUUUGGAAGUGGCCUUAUCUAUUCUUAUUUCCCUCAUGUCCAUCCUCGACAACUUAUUAGUCGUCUAUGUUGUCCAUAAAGACUCCAGACUCAAGAGCUUAACGAAUGUAUUCAUCCACAACUUGGCAUUGACCGACAUUUCCUUAGCAUCGCUUCACAUGCCCUUUUGGGUAAUAACCCUGUAUACAGGGACUUGGAUUUUUAGCGAGAGGUGGUGUGAGAUUCAAGCUGUGAUCCAGUGUACGUUAGGACUUGCUUCUAUCCUGAAUAUGGGACUUAUCGGCUUUAACCGGUAUAUCCGAGUCGUCAAACCAGCGUUUUACAGCAGACUUUUCCCGAGCAAGAGAAUGGCACGAUUCUACUGCUCCCUGGUAUGGAUAGCUUCUUUGCUUCUUGCAACACCGCCAUUAUACGGCUGGGGCAAGAUGGCCUACCAUCCUCUCUUUGCUGUCUGCACUUUUAAUUGGACAAUCGAUCAUAUUUCAUGGGCCAUAGUUACCGUAGGCGGAUUGAUCAACGGAACAACAGUUUCAAUAUUUUACUGCUACUACAAGAUUUAUAAGACCCUUAAAGACAGCACUCAAAAUCUAAAUGCCCACAGCUUACAAGAUGGGGCGGCCUCGGGACGUCCUGCAACUGAUAUCAGACUCCUAAAAACCAGUUUCACGGUCGUUUGUGUAUUUGUAAUAACAUGGGGACCAGUAUCUGCCGUAGUGAUUGUUGAGACCGCUGGGAGCUUUAUCCCCAGAGAGAUUUUUAUGGCAGCUGUUUACCUUAUGUUUACUAGUAGUUUAGCAAACCCAAUUAUAUACGGGAUUAUGAAUCCACAUUUCCAAGGGGCCUUCAAAAGGGCUUUAAUUUUUGGUCGUUAUGGUAACAACCAAACAAGUCAGAGUUCUAAAAGAAAUAGAGACAAGCCUUGA